AUGGAGCGUCUAUCCUUAAAUUUGACACACCAAAACUAUGAUGUCGCGAUUCUAUGCGCGCUCCGUACGGAACUUCUCGCCGUAAGAACGUUAUUUGAGGAAGAACAUCAUCAGUUGAAAACGGUUCAACAAGACACAAAUCACUAUUCAUUAGGCCGUAUGGGAGAGCACUAUGUGGUUGCAACUUGUCUUCCAUCUGGGGAAUACGGUACAAAUGCUGCUAGUGCAGUAAUGGUAAACAUGCAGCGAAGCUUCCCACAGGUGGAAUGUAUUUUGCUGGUGGGCAUUGGUGGAGGUGUGCCUUCAUCCGAAAAUGAUAUCCGCCUUGGUGAUGUCGUUGUCAGUCAUCCGAACGGGUCACAUCCCGCCGUUAAGCAGUACGAUAUGGGGAAAAUUCUCGAAAAUGGCAUGUUUCAAAGUACAGGUAUACUACAGCAGCCACCUCGGUUACUUAUGACUGCAAUCAGCAGCUUGAUUUCCAACCCUAAUUCGGAAGCCAACUCACUGCAACAAUACUUGAAGAUUACUGAAAAAAAGAGACCUGAGUUUCGAUUUCCAGGUCAAGACAAGGACAUUUUGUUCGCCCCAGACUCUCCACAUACGACGAUUGGUGACAACUGCCAUUGCUGCGAGGGCCAGAUUACCAAUCGAAUUGAGCGAUCUUCAGAUCAGCCCCAUAUAUUCUUUGGCCCCAUUGGCUCCGGAAACCAGGUCAUGAGAAGUGCAAAGCAAAGAGAUAUUCUAGGGGAAAAUUACGGAAUGCUUUGUUUCGAAAUGGAAGCGGCUGGUGUGAUGAACUUGGCUCCAUGCUUAGUUAUACGAGGGAUUUGCGACUAUGCCGACUCUCAUAAGAAUAAAGCCUGGCAACAAUAUGCUGCCGCGACAGCGGCCGCGUAUGCAAGGCUAUUUCUCUCGGUUAUGAGAAGCCACAUUGACACCAAUAAAGACCAGAACAUUUCAUGCACGCCAAUGACGAGUGCUCCGAGGGAUAGAGCUCCAGUAUCUGCCACACGCAACCUGGAGACUCUGGAAGCCAUCCCUUAUUCAACGGAGUCGCUGAAUUUUGCCAAUAGUGAACCUGUUAGGGAUGAAUCCAAUAAAGCUGUAUUCGAGCAGCCUGCUUUCCUUCGCACCCUGCAACCUGCCCAGGAUCCGGAACAGGUUCUUCAAAAGGUUCUCUCAUUUACAAAACGAGAUCCAUCAUGGAAUCCGUGGCCCAACGAUAGAGGCUCAGAUCGAUUAUUUCAGAGCCUAAGUCGUUGGCUUAUAGAUCCAAGCUAUCCAAUGUUAACAAUCCGAGGAACAUACGCUCGCUCAUCUUUUGAACUACCUGCACCUGAUAAUUUUGCCUGCCAUGCAAUUCAUUUCCUGAGAAAGACGACCUUAUUUCCCAUCAUUUGGAUCUUCUCCACCUCAAGAGAAAGGCAUAGUGCAAGAGAUGGACUGAAGGCCUUCAUUUCCCAGGCCCUAGACAUACUUGACGACAUCCCGUCCCCGGGAAAAUUUGGAUUAACACAACCGAUGGACGAAGAGCCAGAUGAAGAGCAGCUAUUUGAAAUUUUAGCUCAUAUACUAUGCGUCCUCCCUGAAUGCUUUAUCAUGAUUGAGAUCAAGCAUGCACCGUUAGCAGAGAGGUUUCGAGAUAGCCUCCAACGCGUCAUUGAUGAACCAGGCGCAAACUUCAAGGCCAUUAUCAUCUGUUAUGAUGCAUUUUGGAAGGAUUCCCAUGGAAGAACAACACCGAGCGCCAUCAUGCCAUCUAUUAAAUUGCGAGGAUCUCAACCGGGGUGGGAUUCCUGCUGGGAUCGGUUAAAACCCCGAUUUAAAUAG